AUGCGGAAACUGUUACUACUAGUGCAAGUUGUAUCUGUGUCAACACACAGAACGCUGCGCUGUCCAGCGGCUGCCAAAGCUCAACCACAAUUUCAUCUGGUGCGUGAGUGUCAGCGAGCCAACACAGAUGAUGCACUUGCUCUUGAAAAUACGCCAACGCUAAAGGAAUGCGUGGAGUUGGCACGCGAGUUCCGAGGAUUAGCAUUGAACUACGCGCCACUCGAACGGAGACGACAUAUAUAUCCUAAUACGAAGCAGGAUGCACGUCAACGCUUAAGUGUUUUUGAGCAGCCGGGAGAGUUUUUUAACUGUCAUGUACUGCAGUGUCCACAAAACACAAGUUUUGCGGGCAUGGUGAACGACAGUCGCUUCGACUACUAUAGUCUCUAUGGCAGACCAACAGCUCUAAACAACAUCAGCUGCAUACCGGAAGUGGGUCUAUUUGUGAUCUACACCAGGCACACCAAUUACACAGAUGCUACUUUGAGUUGUCGCAAUGCCAGUGAGUUCAGCGGAAGCCUGGCUCACAUUGCUUCCCAGAAACGCACAGAAGAGCUGUCCAAAUGGUUGCGAGAUUACAAUAGUCAGCGAGCAAACACUGCCAUCUUUUUGGCCUAUGUGGGGUUGCAGUACAAUAGCAGCGUAUCGUUAAGAGCAAUGGAUUAUCGUAAUGCGCAGCAGGAGAGCCUGUUGUGCUUCCUCUUCAGCGCCUGGCAUGCAGGUCAUCCGCGCUUAGGUGCUUCCCAGGCCAAUGCCAGCUGCGUGGCGCUAACUCCGCAGGCCACUUGGCAAACGACAUCGAGUUGUGACCAUGAGUUGCCUUUCAUCUGCGAAAUCUUCACGGCCACCAAUACCACACAACUGGACACAGGAGUAAAUGCAGCGACCGAAGCGUGUGUGAUUAAUUGAUUGAAGCAGUGUGUGAGGGGGUUAAGUGCAGCACAGUUAUUCGCAGACGUUUUAUUAAAACUGACAAGAAUAAUCAAUUAGUAUUAUAGUUUUGUUGUUGUUUAAUGUAUGUAUGCAACUCUCUCUCUCCCGUUUACCGAAUGGCUGCCGAAAGUUGUCAUAACAAAAUAUGUGUUGAAGAGCUCGUCGAACGAGCUGAUCGUUUAGUGGUACUUGUAGUUCCUGUGGUGCUUCAACUUAGUGUAGUUGAUCAAGUAGAAGAACGUCAUGCUGGCGAC